AGGAAAUGGAGAAGGAUGGAAUGGUGAGGGAUGAUAUUUUGAGGCUACUGCCUCUGCCUUUUAUAGGCUAGCAAGGAAGAGGGGAUUAAUGCUAGUGGUUGGAUUGCCAACCGUCAUCUCCUCCCUCAAUUUAAGUUUUUUUUUUCUUCUCUACCACAUGAGAAGGGCACAACAGUUCGGGAUCAAUUGCAACAUCCCACCAGCACGCUGGAUCCUUGUUGUUCUGCAUCCCGAUGUGAUUCUUCUUCUGAAACGACGGCAGUAGGCGACUCUUGGUUGGUUGCCAAGAGGAUGGCGGGAGAGGAGUAGUUUCUUUCCUACCCCUGUUUUCGGUUUGGGUAUUUCUUGACCUCGACAUUCUUUUCCGGAAUUGAAGUGACAACAGGGAAACUUCAUCCUUGCCACCCGGAAGGAACCCUUCAUGUUACCCAGUGAUACAAGAGAGGAUAUAGGGGAUGCAGAAUCAGAUGAUGAAUCCAGUGAAUUUGGUUGUCAUGAUGAUGAGGAUGCCAAUUGUGAUUUCAACAUGUUCCAUUCUUCUCCGGUCAUAGAUAGUGGAGGCAUGAGAAUUGGGGACAAAAGAAGAAUCACGAUCCCUCCUAAACUAAAACUGGGCUAUGGACCUAAAGGUGCUGGAAACAUGAUACCGCCGAACGCGUGUCUCGUAUUCGAUGUGGAGUUGAUGGUUAUCCCUUGAUCGAGAUGGACAAAUUGUUUUGGUCGUUCUCUCAUAGCUGUCGAUUUGGUAUGGUGAGGAUUCAGGGCGGCGGUUGAUGGGAUAGUUUCGUCUUCGUCCAGCUUUUGAGUUAGCUACAACUGUUUUUAAUGAGUAAAGUGUAAAGAUUAGGAACUACAUAACAUAGAUCUCGAGAACUAGGGAUAGCAACAAAAUCCGAACCCACGGGUACCCACCCGACCCAACCCGGUCAACGCGGGUAAAAACAGUGUUGACGGGUUUUGGGCCGGGUUCGGGUUUAAACCCGCUACACUAUUCACCUGGUCGGGUUGAGUUUGGGUUUAGGUAAACCCGCCCCAUGGGUACCUGACCAUAGACAUAUAAUUAUUUUCUCGGUAUAUUUUUUUUGAUAAGGGUGAUAUAGGUUCAUUUUGUUGCUAUUAAGGUACUACUUAAGGGAUUCGAACCUGGGACCUCCAGGUUCUAGGCUAGUGGUGUUACCACUAGGCCAAGCCCUUGUUCGUAUUUUCUCGGUAUAUUUAAUAUUCUAAAUAAUAUAUCUUCCUUAAACAAUUAAUAUUCUUUAUGUUUGUGGAGACAUAUAUAAUUUGUUGUUUCUAAUUGUUUAGAAUGAAGUUAAUAUUAUGAAGUGGAGAGUGAAGAAACUUAGUUGACGAGUAAAAAGC